AUGGCUUCCUUGCCUUCCGCUACUCGUCCUGAAGACGAUGGACCCUCCAACGCCUCUACUUCAACAUCCAACGAACAGACUGUCAACCUGCAGGUCCUGUCACCGUCUGUUGGUGUGAAUCGGCCACUGCUUUUUCCCAACCUGGCCGCAAAUACUACGAUCAAACAGCUCAAGGAUAAAAUUCGCCAGACUCUUCCCUUGCGACCCGCCGACGACCAUCAACGAUUGAUCCAUAGGGGACACGCACUUGUUCGCGAAUCGGAUACACUAGUCGAUAUUUUUGGCGCUGAUGCGAUUCGCACUUCCGAGCAGCAGACGAUUCAUCUUGUCCUUCGCGACAUGAACGAUAGCCCAUCUUCAACUCCCAACGCGCCCUCUGCGCCACCGUCCCUCGCCGCUCCUGUUCCUGCACCUGCACCUGCGCGAGGUCCCAGUCCAACCGCUUCUGCACCGCCAACACAUCCUCCACGUCCUCAACCUCAGCAGCCCCACGGCCAACCUUUUGGAUAUCAGAUGCCACCAGGGCUGAACUGGCGGAACCCGAUGCCCCCAACUUCCAACCCGUUUCCUCAACCACGCAUGCCAUCCCCUUCGCCUUCUCAUACUCCCGAGCAAGCUGCCGCCUUUCAACACCAACAUCAGAACAUGACCCAGUGGCUGAACAGCAUUCAACGAGAGGCCAUGGCUAGAGCUCUCAACCAGAACCAACGAACGAGAGCUCAAAUGGGGAUGCGCGGCGUUGGCGACCCCAACAACCCUGGAAACACUGGCGGAAACAAUAGUGGCCGAGCGAGCCCAGCUCCAGGCCAUACCGUUUAUCGUGAGCACAUUGGGCCAAACGGGAACACCUAUCAAUUCGAGACUGUGAUUCGGACUGUGGUACCUGGACAACAGGGCAACGGUGGUGCCAGCGGCUCAAUGACUCCAGCUGAUGUACAGAAUCUUUUGCGAAAUGCUGAUAUCAGUCAAGCUACAUCGGCAAUGGCCAGCGCAAUGCAGCGAAGCGCUUCAAGCACUUCUCUUCACAACCGGUCUCAGCCCGGACUGACGGCGCCCAUGUGGUCCAUACCCCAAUCCAUGGCCGGCAGUGGUCGUGGAACCCCUGAUUCAUCCCUUAAUCGACUCACUACCACUGCAGCUCCUGGAAGUUCCCAGGCGAGGCAAGGGCCUGAAGUGUAUAUUCUCUCGUCGCCUGAGGGACCUAGAGCCUUGUUAUUGAACAAUGCUAAUUCUGAAACGUACAUUACCCCACGGUUGCGAACUCAGACGAGUCUACCUCACCUUCGACAAGCCGCUGCUCUCAGUAGCGCGGCUCUCGAUGCUCAAAGUCAGUUGCGGGCGAGACACCAUCACCACCAUCAUCAUCCUCAUCACCACCACCACCAUCAUCCCCGCUCCCAGAUCGCGCCGCAGCAGAUACCUCAGAUCCAGGCACAAGGGCGACCUCUGAACCUACAGCCACCUCAGCCUUUUCAGCAGCAAGCCCAGAACCUUGCGCCGCAGCAGCAACCUGCAUACCCGGCUCAAGCUCAAGGCCAGAAUCAGGCGCAGGAACCGGACCCUGCCGCGAUUAUGGCUCCCCUGAUGCACCGGGGAAACCCACCCAUGGCGGCGCUUCCGCCUCUCCUUAUGCAGCUAUGGCCGCAAAUCUGGCUCUUGUUCCGGCUGGUUCUAUUUGUCUGGUUCUUCACUUCCCCUAAUGCAAGCUGGUCUAGAUGGUUCACCAUCAUUGUAAUCGCCGUGCUCAUCUUCUUGCUUAGCACUGGAAUAUUUAAUGGUGUUCCGGAUCAUGUUUGGCAGCCUUUAGGACGACACCUCGAAAAUCUGAUUCCUGCUGAGCCCAGACGUCGCCAGGGAAUUGCCGGAGAAGACCAGCAGAAUCAGCAGCCUCGACAAAAUCCAGAUCCUACUGAAAUGGCACGACGACUUGUAGCUCAACACCAAGGCCCAGAGAGUUGGCUAUUAUCGCAAGUCAGACGCGUGGAGAGAGCUGGUCUCUUGUUUCUGGCCAGCAUCGCACCGGGUGUUGCAGAAAGGCAUAUCGCCAAUCUGGAAGCAGCUGCACGAGCAGAGAGAGAACGCCGAGAAGCUGAGGAGAGAGAGGCAGAAGAUGCGGCGGCUGCAGCGGCAGCUCAAAACGAAGAGAGCCACGAGAACCAGGACCAAGCUGAGAAUGUUGGCGAAGAGGCGACCACCAGUACUGGCACAGAGCACAACGGAGAAGUACAGGCGGAGCAAGGAGUUCAGGAUGAUAACCAGCGAAACGAGCCGGCCAGGGAACAGCUUAUUCCCUUGUAG